AUGAGCACCCCCAAACACAUCCCCAGUGUUGCCACGAACUCUAGUGCUACCACGAGCAGUGCGCGCAUCAAUAGGCGGCAGACAUCGCCUUUCGUUCAUGUCGCCGUACUCACCUCUAUCGUUGUGCUACCAUACUUGGUGGUCCGGAGACAGCUCGUCUCGAUGCGGAGGACAGUGGCACAGAUGGGGGCAGCGAACGCUGUGAUGCGGCGAGAUCUGAAGAGCCUGAUGACCGAGAGCGCCGUGCGGAAGCUUGAGCACCAGAAGGUGUUGGGUUUACUUCGGGAGACGAAGGAAAGCAUGGACGUGCUGAAGAGGCUUGCUGAACGGAGAGACACAGCGCGGCGGGCAGUGGAGGAGAGGCUUGCGCACGAGGUGCAGGAUACGAGACUCAAGCUGGAUACUUUGGAAGCCGACGUUCUGGAACGGGACCUUGCGCGUCAGCAUGCAGAGAAGAAGUACCACAGCGAGCUCAAGGCGCUACUUCACGAGAGUCAGUGGUCGAAAGCUCACCUCUCGACUUUAAAAGACCUGGGAACGUCCUUGGCUGAUAUUGCAGCGUUCAUGCAUGAGGUGGAGAUAAAGGAGGGUUACUCUUCAUCGAAGGACGACGCUCACGGCAUUGAGAGAAUCAGACGACUGGCAUUGAGGUUCAUGCGUUCGGAGAAGUCGUCUGGAGCAUCGAAAAGAUCGAAGGCCGACGCUGCAUCAGGUCCGGACUCGGACAAACAAGAUCCUUGA